AUGACAAGCGCGUCAACGCCCGAUUCUCCGCAAAACCGUGUAUCAGGUGGCCCCGACGGAGUCUCGUCAAAUGGAAGUUCUAGGCCCGGAAUCGGGAAAGAUGCGAAUCUUAUGCCUCCGGCAAAGACGCUGGUCGGAAGAGCGCUAGGAAAUGACCUGCAUUCCGAUGCCCACAGAGGCUCACAGGCAUCCAAGGAUGGUGUCGGGUUCGCCCUAACUGACACUCCGGUUUCUACCGCACCUUCGUCUCCACAAUUCAAUGCUAAUAACACACCAACGACGACCGCCUCCACACCUGGCCGGGUUCGUGCCACCACACUUGAUAUUCCAGGUCUUACCAAAUCCAAGGUGUCGCCUGAUGGCCGGAUUGCUCAACGUGAUGUUGGGUCCAAGCUAGUCAUUGUUAUGGUCGGCCUCCCUGCACGAGGGAAAAGUUAUGUGACCAAGAAGUUGGCUCGCUACUUAAACUGGCUGCAGCAUGACACCGAGAUUUUCAACGUAGGAGAACGUCGUCGCGUUGCCGCUGGCAAGUCACCCUCACCUCCUGGAAGGCAUAGGAAUCAUAGAACAAGUUCGAUCCAGAAAGAUCUUGUCGACUCGGUACGACGAUUGAGCGUCAGCGUUGCUUCCCCUCCCGAGCUCGAAAACUCACUUCCUCCCCCUAUUGUCCCCACGAAGAUCCUCGUUAACGGUAAGGAGGAAGACCCAUCUCUGGGGCAAAAUGGAAUCACUAUUGUGCCACCAUUUAAUGCGCUACCAGAAGACAAAAUGGCUAUGCAAGAAGCGUCCCCUGAGCCGCUUGACCAGUCUGCAAGCUUUUUCGACCCCAAAAAUCAGCUGGCCGUGAAGCUUAGAGAGCAGGUAGCCCUGGACACCUUAGACGAACUGUUGGACUAUAUCCUCGACAGAGGUGGCAGUGUUGGCAUCCUUGACGCCACCAAUAGUACGAUGGAGCGCCGCAAAGCAGUUGUAGAUCAUAUUCGCAAGCGUGCUGGUCCUGAGCUCGGUAUUUUAUUCCUCGAGAGCAGCUGUGUAGAUCAAGAGCUGCUGGAGGCCAACAUGCGCUUGAAAUUGUCAGGCCCGGACUAUAAGGGCCAGGACCCAGUGAAAGCAUUGGAGGAUUUCAAGAAACGUGUUCAACUAUACGAGAAAUCCUACGUACCUCUUGGUGAAUACGAAGAAAGGCAUAGUAUGGCUUAUAUCCGAAUGAUCGACGUGGGUCGCAAAGUUGUGUCGCAUCAGACUCACGGUUUUCUCUCAUCUCAAGUUGUCUACUACCUGUUGAACUUCAACCUCUCACCGCGGCAAAUAUGGAUUACCAGGCACGGCGAGAGUACGGACAACCAGGCAGGUCGAAUCGGCGGUGACUCAGAACUCAGUGAGAAUGGCCAUCGCUAUGGUAAAGCACUUGCUCGGUUCAUCGAUCACCAGCGAAAUGAGUGGGAAUUGAACCAGAGACAGAAAGAGAUGAUGCAGAAGUUUCCGCCCCGUCCGGGUGAUAGCACUCCGCCCAACCCUUCGUACAUUCCUAGUGACCGGCCACGUAAUUUCUGUGUUUGGUCUUCUAUGAUGCAGCGUGCGAUUUCGACGGUCGAGUCUUUCAACGAGGAUGAAUAUGAUGUCAAGCAAAUGAAGAUGCUCGACGAGCUUCAUGCGGGAAAGAUGGAGGGCAUGACAUAUGACGAAAUUCGUGAAACAUUUCCCGACGAAUACGCGACUCGCAAACGCGACAAGCUGUACUACAGAUAUCCAGGACCCGGAGGGGAAGGGUAUCUGGAUGUUAUAAACCGGCUUAGGACAGUGAUUGUCGAGGUUGAACGCAUGACCGAUCAUGUUUUGUUAGUCACUCACCGAGCCGUAGCACGCGUCCUUCUGGCUUACUUCAAGGGCCUCAAAUGCGACGAGGUGACGGACCUAGAUGUGCCUUUGGGGAUGUUGUAUAUGCUUGAGCCCAAGCCAUACGGGGUUGAGUUCAAAGCAUAUCGCUACAAUCCCAAUACCGACUGGUUCGAUUAUAUUCCCAAUUUUGAACUACGCCAAACCAGCGCCAAUUAG